GUGUUUGUCGCCGGGCGCGGGGUGCGUUACAGGCCCUUGUCUUCUCAGCACGUUUGAGCGAGGGACGCUGUUGAGGAGAGGCGGGAUUCGAGUGGUCCGGUGGCGUAGUCGAAACUCAAGGGUCGGCUUAGCAGGAUGUCGGGGGCUACGGGCGGCGCGACGGGCUCGGCCCGGAAACGGCUGUUGAAGGAGGAGGACAUGACCAAGGUGGAGUUCGAGACGAGCGAAGAGGUGGACGUCACCCCCACCUUCGACACUAUGGGCCUGCGCGAGGACCUGCUGCGCGGCAUCUACGCCUACGGUUUUGAGAAGCCUUCAGCUAUCCAGCAAAGAGCAAUCAAACAGAUCAUCAAAGGGAGAGAUGUGAUUGCGCAAUCACAGUCUGGAACAGGCAAGACAGCAACAUUUUCCAUCUCUGUUCUACAGUGUCUGGACAUCCAGGUUCGUGAAACCCAAGCGUUGAUUUUGGCACCUACUAGGGAAUUGGCCGUACAGAUUCAGAAGGGGCUUCUUGCUCUUGGUGACUACAUGAAUGUCCAGUGUCAUGCUUGUAUUGGGGGAACCAAUGUUGGUGAGGACAUCCGAAAACUGGAUUAUGGACAGCAUGUGGUUGCUGGCACACCAGGGCGUGUAUUUGAUAUGAUUCGUCGGAGAAGUCUAAGGACUCGUGCUAUCAAAAUGUUAGUUCUGGAUGAAGCUGAUGAGAUGCUGAAUAAAGGUUUUAAAGAACAGAUCUAUGAUGUGUACAGAUACCUUCCCCCAGCAACACAGGUGGUUCUGAUCAGUGCCACUUUGCCACAUGAGAUCUUGGAGAUGACCAACAAAUUCAUGACUGACCCCAUCCGCAUCCUGGUGAAACGUGAUGAGUUGACUCUUGAAGGAAUCAAACAGUUUUUUGUGGCUGUGGAAAGAGAGGAAUGGAAAUUUGAUACCUUGUGCGACCUAUACGACACUCUCACUAUCACACAGGCAGUCAUCUUCUGUAAUACCAAAAGGAAGGUUGACUGGCUAACUGAGAAGAUGAGAGAAGCUAACUUCACUGUUUCAUCAAUGCAUGGUGACAUGCCCCAGAAGGAGAGGGAAUCCAUUAUGAAAGAAUUCAGAUCAGGGGCAAGCCGAGUCCUUAUUUCCACAGAUGUUUGGGCCAGAGGCUUGGAUGUACCUCAGGUGUCCUUAAUUAUUAACUAUGAUCUACCCAACAACAGAGAAUUGUAUAUACACAGGAUUGGUAGAUCAGGUCGCUAUGGCCGGAAAGGUGUUGCCAUCAACUUUGUAAAGAACGAUGACAUUCGUAUUCUGCGAGACAUUGAGCAGUACUAUUCUACCCAGAUUGAUGAAAUGCCCAUGAAUGUUGCUGAUCUUAUUUGAAGAAACAAGAUGGACUGAAGGCCAGCAGAGAAGCUCCUCCUAUUAAUGAUGUAUUAGUCUGCAGUGCUGGAGGACUGCUUCUGACUCUGCUUUUCACCAGUAGUCAUCUUAAGAACUUAAGCUCAAAUAGACGCACGUCUGCUUCUGUGCCGAGGGAACAAUGUGGGCAUGUACUGCUGAAUAAUGUACAGGUCCAGCACCGAGAAGUCCAUGUCAGUGAAAAGUAACAUUGGAACCAGCCAGCACCCUUGGUGGUUUUUUUAUUUUGAUUUUUUUAGACUGUCGUUUUGGAGUCUGGUAAAUGUCGCAAGUUGCCCCUGAUGUUUUGGAUAGAACCUGCAAGUAGCAUCUUUGUAUAUAAGAUACUGUCAUCUUA